UAAGUAAGCAACACAUAACCUAUAUAACGUUGGACGGUAACAGUACCGUUACGAACGUGUAAUUGACCGAGGAACAGAAUAGUAAUUGAGAGAAAAACCUGGUUAAAGAAUUCCUUAUGCAUCGAUACUUGUAUGAUACUGGGGCUGUCUAAGGAAUUUGUCUGUUAAAUACAGAAUUAUCAUUUCAAGUAAGUUGAAAAAGGUGGGAGUACAACUUGUUGAAUAUGCCGACAUUAUCAAACGCUUCUGAUUACGAGGACGUAGAUGAUAUAGUAGCUGAAUAUGAGAAACAAGAUUCAGAUGGAGAUCAGCUUAAUGCUAAUAGAGAUCAAGUCCUUGGCUCAGAGAAUGAGGAAAGUGAAGAAGCAAACACUGCAAGAAGGAUUGAUCCAUCAACAUCUAAAAAGCAUGUCAUAAGAAAUCCUAUACCUAAGUUGAAUACAGAACGUUUAAAAGGCUCUAAAGGAAUACAAACUAUUGAAAAGUACUUUGAGGGGUUUAAAUUUCAUGGGAAAGGAAAUGAAAAGUUAGAUUUGGAUAGAAUCAUGAAGAGGAUGGAACAUUGGGGUCACAGAUUGUUCCCAAAAUUAGAAUUUGAUGAUUUUCUUGAGAAAGUGGAGAAACUAGGUACUAAGAAAGAUCUUCAGGUGUUCAUAAAAAAAUACAGACUUGAUAUGAUUAGUGCAGACGAUGGUACAAUUGUUCAGGAUAUUGAAGAUGAAGAAAAUGAUAAAGAUCAAGAUGAACCUAUUGAUGAAUUUGAUUUAUUAAUUGCUGAACAAAUAGAGAAACAAAAGCAAGUUAUUAACCAGGAGUCUACAGCUGAAGCUCUAUUUGAUCAAAUAAUUUCUCAGACCAAUAAUAAAAACUCUCAACCUGUUCAAGAACAUUCUCGUCCACCACAUUUAAGCAAUGAGGUAAAAGAACGUAUAGAAAGGAAUAGACAACAAGCUAUUCAAAGGAAACUCGCAAGACUUAAAGCUAUGGAAGAUGAAGCUAACAAAAAGAAAUUGGUAGAAGCUAAGGAUACACAGUCUGAAGAUAGUUCUUGCAAUGUACAAACACCUAGUGAAACUCAGAAUUUGGAGAACAAAGAUUUUGAGACUGGUUCGGAAGAAGCAAAUGGAGAUGAUAACUCUUAAAACAAAAAGGAACGAAAGGAAUUAUAAGAAACUAUAAACAAAUUUUAUAAUAUAAAAGUAUUAAUGUAGCAUUUAGAAAAUAAUAAGUAUGACAAAUCAAAAAUUUAGUAUUACAAAUUGUAGGGUAGUAUUUCCUAAAUAUUCAUGUAGGUUGA